AUGAGCGACGACGGAGAUUCGCGUCUCGAGAUGUUCCUGGCUGUGGUGGAGAAGCUCGAGAUCGAGCUGGAUGAUCCUGUAGAAACGGCAGAGGAAUUCCAGGAUCUUGAAGAGCUUGACUUGUCCGAGAAAGGUUUAACUGAACUACCAGGAGACUUGGUACUUGCUCUACCACCCAACUUGAAGACGUUGGCGUUGGAGAAGAACGGACUCGACCAAUUACCUAAAAUCUUCGGGAGCGAUGCCGCCUCCACGGCUGCGUGGGGACAACUUACUGAGCUUUACUUGCGUGAUAACGAGCUGACAAAACUACCUCCAGCGAUUGGAGAGCUGUCGAAACUUGAGAGUUUGUAUCUGGAAGACAACAAGUUGACGAGUGACGGUAUUCCCAACGAGAUCGACCAGUUAUCUAGCACUUUAGCAGGUCUUUGUCUACAUCGUAACUUGCUCACGACGUUUCCUGUGAGUUUGUGCCAACUUGUUAAACUUGAAGAAUUGUAUCUCGAUGACAACGCACUCGAGGCGCUACCAGAAGAAUUCGGGAUGUUGACAAACCUGAAAGAGCUCGACAUUCUUGGCAACAAACUCACCACGUUGCCGGAUUCCUUCAAGAACUUGCACAAGCUGGAAAUUUUACACGCUGAGCGCAACCAGUUGGUCAAACUACCCAAGCAUUUGGGUGAGCUGCAGGCGCUCCGCAAGGUCUACCUGCAGAACAACUAUCUUACCAAACUGCACGCGUCUCUCGGUCGCUGCAUGAAGCUCGAAGUCAUCAACAUUGAGGACAAUAGGCUGGCGAAAGUUGCCAAGAGAAUCGGUGACUUGCCCAAGCUAAAGCAUCUGCUACUUGCUAACAACAAUAUCACCGAGUUACCGUUCAACCCUGUCGAGAAGAAUCCGAGUUUGCGUCGCCUGACACUGAAGGGCAAUCAACUAUCUCCCGAGAUUCUAGAACUUGAGAAGCAAGUGGCGAUGGCAAAAGUGACAGAAGAGGAGGAGAACGAAGACUAA